AUGUUCUCCGCCCUUUUCGCCCUCGCCGCCCUCCCUCUGACGCUCGUACACGGUCUGACCGUCAACAACCCGACGACGACCGUCACGUCCACCGGCUCCAUCACCAUCUCAUGGACCACCUCCUCAGGCGACCCCUCCGCCUUCUCCAUCGAGCUCAUCAACCAGUCCUUCAACAGCCAGUUCGCCAUUGCCAACAACGUCGACGCUAGCCUGGGGUCCCUCACCCUCACCCUCCCCCAGAUCCCCGCCGAAGAUGGGUACACGAUUGAGCUCGUGAAUAUCUCCAACAUCAACAACGUCUACGCCCAGACGAGCACCUUCUCCGUCUCGGAGCCUGUCAGCUCCUCUGUCUCCUCGUCGGCGUCGUCGUCCGGGUCUGCUAGUGCGAGUGGGAGCGCGAGUGUCAGCGGUUCGGCGUCCGUGUCAGCUUCCGGGUCCACGUGA